UUCGAUGUGUGCGUGCGAAUGGGGGAGGUUUGUUUUGAUGCGGUAAUCACCCACCAUCAGCAUCAGUUCCAAAUAAUAUUACUCUGCCGCGACAGUUUGGAAAGUCACUCGCGACGAUGAUCGCCAACAUUGCUGUACGCGCUGGUGGUGCCAGUACUCGGCUGUCAACCAACUUCGUCACUGCCAUUGGAAGCAAGUGUUCCGGCUGGAAUUCCGCACAGAACGUUUCCUCCAGAAGAUUCAUCUCGCAAUCCACCGCUAAAGCAAUGCGCUUCGUACAGUAUCGUUCGGCGGCUAAGGGUGACAGGCAGCGGCUCGGUGUGUUAUCGGAAGACGGUACGCAGGUGUCCGACAUUUCUGACCGAUAUGAAGGUGACCUGAUAACGCUCAUCCGCUCGGGCGUUUCGCUCGAUGAGGUGAAAGCGUCCGUCGCGAAGGCGAGUCCGGUGAAGGUGGACAGUGUUGAGCUGCUGGCACCGGUCACGAACCCACAGAAGAUUCUGUGCGUUGGGCUCAACUAUAGUGGCCACUGCGAGGAGCAGAACAAACCGAUUCCGAAGGAACCGAUGUUCUUCAGCAAAUAUGCGACGACCAUCGUUGGUCCGUACGACAACGUUAUCGCACACCGCAUAUCGGACCAAAUCGAUUGGGAGGUUGAGCUGGCUGUCAUCAUCGGCAAGAGGGCCAAAAGCGUCAGUAAAGCGAACGCAAUGGAUUAUGUGUUCGGGUACACGGUGGCUCAAGAUAUUUCGGCGCGCGAUUGGCAGAAGCUGCGCAACGGUGGCCAGUUCCUGAUCGGUAAGUCGAUGGAUACCUUCUGUCCGCUUGGGCCGGCUGCCGUGCACAAGUCGCUGGUGAAGGAUCCUCACCAGCUGUCGAUCAAGUGUAGCGUGAAUGGGGUGGAAAAGCAGAACGGAAGCACGAGCGAGCUGAUUUUCCGCAUUGACGACAUCAUCGAGCGCGUGACACAGUCCAUUACGCUACUGCCGGGCGACGUUAUUCUGACGGGAACGCCGGCCGGUGUCGGUAUGCAUCGUAAGCCGGCCGAAUUUCUUAAACCGGGUGAUGUGAUCGAUAGCGAGAUCGAGGGACUUGGCAAAAUUAAGAACAAGGUCGUUGCUGACGCGUAAGACGAUCCCAGAAGCUGCCAUGCUACCACGUUACGGGUCGUGAUUGACGAAAUGACGGAAUAAUAAAAUAUUUACAAUUCAUGUUUUAAA